AACAAGUGUGUUAACAAAAGCUGAACGCACCUCAGAGAUUUAGCUCCAAAACUGCUUUGAGAAACACACCGCGACCUCAAACCUGGAUAUCUGUGACUAACUUCAGAAUACUGGCGGCGACGUUUUGACUUUUGAAGUUGACUUUACGCGGUAUCGCAUCAUCUCUGCUACAGCGUUGAUACUUCAACAACUCGCUGACACUUGACCACAAGCGCGUCGACUUUGGAUAACUCCACUUUUCCAUCAAGUGCUCCUUUCACCCGUCGCACCCUUUCUAGCAGAAAUAACGGAGAUAUGACCGCCUUUGCGGGUGGCAUUUCCAGGAUGAUGCGCCCCACGCCACCCCAGAACUACCCGAGAGGAGGCUAUUCCUUGGAGGUCUCCACGCCGUUAGGUCAGGGCCGCGUGAACCAGCUCGGUGGAGUCUUCAUAAACGGACGCCCACUGCCCAAUCACAUCCGCCAUAAGAUAGUAGAGAUGGCCCAUCACGGAAUACGGCCGUGCGUCAUCUCCCGACAACUGCGCGUCUCCCACGGAUGCGUGUCCAAAAUUUUAUGCAGGUACCAGGAGACCGGAUCGAUUCGGCCCGGUGCUAUUGGCGGCAGCAAACCCAAGCAGAACACAACUCCCGAUGUAGACAAGAAAAUCGAAGAAUACAAGAGAGAGAAUCCAGGGAUGUUCAGCUGGGAGAUUCGGGAUAAACUUCUGAAAGAUGGAAUCUGCGACCGAAACAACGUGCCUUCAGUAAGUUCCAUCAGCCGCAUGCUGCGCUGUAAAUUUGGUGGAAACGGAGAUGAAGAUGAGGAUGAUGAUGAAGUUGAAAAAAGGGAGAUCGAGGAAAACGAAAGAAGAGCCAAACACAGCAUCGACGGCAUUCUCGGCGACAGAUCGAGUCACUCAGACGAGGGCUCCGAUGUGGAUUCAGAACCGGGUUUGCCACUGAAGAGAAAGCAGCGACGCAGUCGGACCACCUUCACGGCUGAGCAGCUGGAGGAGCUAGAGAGAGCUUUUGAACGCACACACUACCCCGACAUCUACACUAGAGAAGAGCUCGCGCAGAGAGCCAAACUCACCGAGGCACGAGUGCAGGUGUGGUUUAGUAACAGAAGAGCACGUUGGAGGAAGCAGGCAGGAGCCAAUCAGCUCAUGGCAUUUAAUCACCUGAUUCCUGGUGGUUUCCCGCCUUCUGCGAUGUCGAGUCUGCAGCAGUAUCAGCUCGCGGACAGCCCUUACCCUCCUUCAUCUAUUUCACAAGUGUCUGAACAGCCGAGCACAGUGCAUCGGCCUCAACCUCUUCCUCCCACCUCAGUGCACCAAACCGGGCUUAGCAGUGGACCGGGGGUCCAGGAGGGGAGUUCGGCCUACUGCCUCUCCUCAGGACGUCAUGGCUUCUCUGGUUACUCGGAUGGCUACGUGUCCGCGGCGGGCCACGCAAACCCAGUUAACCCCACCAUCAGCAACGGCAUCCCAUCACAGGUGAUGGGAUUGUUGAAUCCGGGUGGAGUUCCGCAUCAGCCCCAGAGCGAUUUUGCUCUCUCUCCCCUGACGGGUGGUUUGGAGCCCAGUACGGGCAUGGCUCCCAGCUGCCACUCCUCUCAGAGACUGGAGGGUCUGCCAGGUCUGCCCAGCAUGCCAACGCUGCCCAGCUCUCAAUCCUACUGCCCCUCUAGCUACAGUUCACCCGGGUAUAGCGUGGACCACGUUGCAUCUUAUCAAUACAGCCAAUACGGGCAGAGCAAGGUGCCUUUCAUUAUCUGAAGCUCAGCAUUGAUUGAAUGCAAAACGACAGGAAGGAGAAGAUGAGAACUAUGGAUGAUCUGACUGUAAACUCCUGCACUUGAGCUCUCCUUCACCUCUUGAAUGUUUGACCAAAAUGACCGUCCGUCCUCAAACACCCACUCUUCACUCGGUGGAAAAGCCACAGCGGUCCAAAAUUUGCAGCUGGGUCCAAAUGUGCAACUGAGUUGUUUUUAAGAGGGGAUUGUGUGUAGGGUCAUGUCGGCCUGGUUUGGGACCAGGACUGAUGUGGUGGUGGGCGAGUUUGAUUUUAUGUCGACAAUUUGGAGCUAAAUGAAAAAUCCUCCAUCCACCCCGUUCUGGAGAACUGCAUCACACAACGAAACGUACAACCUCCUUCUUCAAGAUCAUCGAGCAUGAGAAGGACAAAGGGAAAAAUGAAAGGAAAUGAAAAAGACAAAUGAAUAAAUCAAAGUCUGUGCAUAUUGAAUGGCAGGGAAACGUGUUACGCCGUACUCUGCUAUCAGCUGUCCAGUGACGGACGCACUUUAGUGACUGGUCUCCAUUGCAACACAACUUGACAGUGACACAAGUCAAAUUUUUGAUUGGAUAUAUUUAGGUCAUAAGGGCUCAGAAAAGACAGACUUUCAGACUUUUUCAUUGUUAAAUAAGUGAAACAUGUUCAUGUUCAGCACAAAACUCUCAGGUUCUCUUUAUCGAGAGAGAGAGAGAGCGAGAGAGAGAGAGAGAGAGAGAGAGAGAGAGAGAGAGACCUGUGUGGAAUCCACUCUAGUGUCUGAUGGUAUUUUAGUAGUUUCAGAGAGAUAGAGAGAGUGAACGAGUGAGUGUUACCGCCUGUAUUCCAGAUAGACCAUUACUACCAGUUCACUCCCAAUAUUGUAUACUACCCUACAGCUUGCUGCUGCAUACUUCACAGUAUACAAUUGUUUUAGAUCCAUGAAGCAGUGCUUGGGGAACAUGUUUAAUUUGACAGCUACCAUCCAAUAAUCACCAUUUUCCAUUUCUUCAAUUGUAGAAGUCAGAUCAAGUAGUGAGUCAAUAUGUUAAAAUGCAGCUGACCUUCAGUUCAUUUGUGACACCGGAAACGGAUGGCCGAGUCGACAGCAUUGCUUUCUGGUGGUAUGCUAUGAUAACACUGUGCUGUUCUGAACAUAGAGAAACACGGGACUAUAAAGACACAAGUAACGCAAAGAAAGUGCAAUACAUACUCAAUACCUCAUUAACAUCUCCUCUCACUUGCUCACAAAUCUGAUCCGUUCGUAAACUCCAUGCGUUCCUUAUGUACUCUUAUUUUUUCCAUGAAAGAAAAGAUUCCAGUGUUUGUUAAUGUAUGUGUACUGUAUGCUCAUUUACGAUAGAUGCGAGCAUGUUUCUUUCACCUUGAGGUUUGUGUGCUCUGUCUGUGCACGGCAAACGCUCACCUGCCUUCAGAUCUUAAGAAUUGGAACAAUUAUUUUUUACCUUGUUGUUUUAAAUUUUUUGGUUUAUGACUGCUUAUAAUUGUUAAUGGAUAAUGUGUCAAGUGCAGCACUAUUUACUAUUUAUAAGAAGAAAAAAAAU